CCUCUCUCUCUCUCUCUCUCUCUCAUGUGCGCGCGCCUCCUCCCUUCAUUUCCUCCUCAGCUCUCAGUCGGUCUGAUGCGGAGAAACUAGAAAUCAUGAAAAUGACGCUCGAAGCUGGGCUCCAUCCCACAUACAGCGAUGACCAGUAGGACGAGGCUGUGGGCGGAGCCAGAAUGAACACUGAGGUUCUAUUGGAGGAGACCCUCAUCAAGCGUUCACAGCAGAAGAAAAGGACGUCGCCGCUGAACUACAAAGAAAGACUGUUUGUCCUCACAAAGACCCACCUGACGUACUAUGAUGGAAAACCAGAGAGGAAGUUCAAGAAGGACUCGAUAGACGUGAGCCGCAUCAAAUGUGUGGAGAUCGUCAAGAGCUGCGGCGUGCCCAUCCCCUGCCAGAACAAAUACCCCUUUCAGGUGGUGCACGAUAACAACAUCCUGUACGUCUUCGCUCCGAACCUGAACAGCAGGAGCCUCUGGGUCCAGAGCCUGAAAGAUGAGAUCAAAAACAACCCCAACGUGUUCAUGAAGUACCACCCUCAGUUCUGGCAGGACGGGUCGUGGCUCUGCUGUCGGCAGGUGGAGAAGCAGGCGCUGGGCUGCGAGCAGUACAAGCUGUUCGGUGACUCCGGAAAACCUUUACCAAAGAUCCCCGAAAGCAAAAGAGCUCCCCCCAUUACCCCCUCCCCACCAGAAAUUGAUGAAGACGAGGAGGUGGUGGUGGCUCUGUUCGACUUCCCCGGGGUGGAGGCUCACGACCUGAGUCUGACCAAAGGAAGCGAGUACGUCGUCUUGGAGAAAUGUGACCCCAACUGGUACCGAGCUCGGAACAAGUAUGGCGAGGAAGGCUACAUCCCAAGUAACUAUAUAACCGAGAAGAAGUCUGGAAACCUGAAGCAGUUUGUGUGGUACAGUAAAAAUGUCAACAGAAACAAGGCAGAGGACCUGCUGAGGAACGAGGACAAAGAAGGAGCCUUCAUCGUCCGAGACUCCAGCACCUCAGGGAUGUACACCGUGUCCGUUUACUCCAAGUCGUCCCCGGGGGAGGUGGGAGCCGUUAUAAAACAUUAUCACAUCAAAGAGACUCAAGGCACGCCCACUCUGUAUUACCUGUCUGAAAAACACACAUUUACCUCCAUCCCUGAACUCAUCGAGUACCACAAACACAACGGAGCAGGUCUUGUGACCCGGCUCAGGUACCCUGUAGGAAAGGAGGACAAGUCAACUCCGCCCACAGCCGGGUUCAGCUACGAGAAGUGGGAGAUCAACCCGAGCGAGCUGACCUUCAUGAAGGAGCUGGGCAGCGGUCAGUACGGCACCGUGAGGCUCGGCAAGUGGAGGGCUCGCCACAAGGUGGCCAUCAAGAACAUCAGGGAGGGGGCCAUGCACGAGGAGGACUUCAUCGAGGAGGCCAAAGUCAUGAUGAAGAUGUCUCACCCUAAGCUGGUGCAGCUGUAUGGCGUGUGCAGCCAGAUGAGGCCCAUCUUCAUCAUCACGGAGUUCAUGGACCACGGCUGCCUGCUGAACUUCCUCAGGCUGCGGCGGGGCAGCUUCAGCUUGGGCUCCUUGCUGAGCAUGUGCCUGGAUGUGUGCGAGGGCAUGGAGUACCUGGAGUCCAACAACUUCAUCCACAGAGACCUGGCUGCCAGGAACUGUCUGCUGAACGAAGCUCUGGUGGUGAAGGUGUCCGACUUCGGCAUGGCCAGGUACGUAUUGGACGACCAGUACACCAGCUCCUUCGGCGCCAAGUUUCCCGUCAAGUGGUCGCCUCCUGAGGUCUUCCACUUCAGCAGGUACAGCAGCAAGUCGGACGUCUGGUCCUUCGGUGUGUUGAUGUGGGAGGUGUUCACCGAGGGUCGGGUCCCGUUCGAUCAGACCAAGAACCACGAGGUGGUGAAGUUCGUGAGCGAAGGUCGCCGCCUGUCCAGGCCGAAGCUGGCGACGGACGGACUCUACGACAUCAUGCUGUUCUGCUGGUAUGAG